AUGGCAUUGGUAUCGGCUGCUCCUUACAUUGCCUUGCUUUCUGAGCAUGACAACACGUUAAAGUCAUAUGCCUUGUCUUCAUUGAAUGAUGUGGUCGACCAACUCUGGGCUGAAAUUGCCAACAAUUUGGACGACUUAGAAGAUCUCUAUGAAGAUUCUCUGUUUGAAAAGAGAACUUUGGCUGCUUUGGUAAUGUCGAAGGUGUACUAUAACCUAGGUGAUUUUGAGGCGCUGGUAAAGUAUGGGCUCCGAGCCGAAGCCGAUUUCGACAUCGAAGAGAAGAGUCAGUACAUUGAAACCAUCGUCUCGCAAUGCAUCAACAUUUACAGCACCGAGUCACGCAAGCUUUACAUUGACAAAUCAAGAGAACCCAUCAAUCCACAACUUGUUAGGAUUUUCGAGAAGAUGGUGGCAAAGUGCACCGCAGCGGGAGAUCUCAAGCUUGCUUUGGGAAUAGCUUUGGACAGUUUCCGCUUGGACAUUGUCAACAAGAUAAUCUCGGAGGAAUCUAGCAAAGAUGAAGAAUCAGGUUUAGCCUUGAUUAAUUACGUGUUACUGUGUUCUAAUACUGUGAUUUCAAAUGCUGUUUUUAGAUCAGAUGUUUUGAAUGCCUUGAUUGAUUUGUUAUUAUCGUUGAAGGAAAAUCAGGACUUUUUCACGAUCUUCAAGAUCAUUGUGCAGUUGAAUGAACCGCUGUUAGCUGUACAAGUGUUUAAACAGCUUAUAAACGAAAAAAAACAUUUGAUCGCCUACCAGGGGGCUUUUGAUUUGGUGAGUUCAGCAUCACAGGAACUUAUCGGUCGUGUAUCUGCUACCUUGGCAGCAGACGAGUCUUUUGGUGCUGAAGAACCUAUUCAGGCUCGCUUACUACAUAUCUUGACUGGUAUUCCAACUUGUGAUUUGGACAUCACUUUCUUGUACAAGAACAAGAAUAUCGAUAUUUCCAUAUUAAACAAGACAAAGAAUUUGUUAGAGGGCAGAAACUCCAUUUUCCACUCAGCAGUCACUUUUGCAAAUGCGUUUAUGCACAUGGGUACUACUGACGACUCCUUCUUUAGAAAGAACUUAGAAUGGUUAGGAAAGGCAUCAAAUUGGUCAAAAUUUUCUGCUACUGCUGCUUUGGGUGUCAUCCAUAAGGGCAACUUGUCUCAAGGACGUAACAUAUUGAAACCUUACUUACCAAGUGCUAAUGGUUCUGCCUACACGAAGGGUGGAUCGUUGUUCGCACUUGGAUUGAUUUUUGCUGGCCACGGGAGAGAAACCAUCGACUACUUGAAGCUGUUUAUUGAUGAGCAUGGAAAUGCGGCUGGUGGAGCUGAUACAGAUGUUAUGUUGCACGGAGCGUGUCUCGGUAGUGGUGUCGCAGGAAUGGCCUCUAACAGCGAAAGUCUUUAUGAGACUUUGAAAGUUGUUCUCUACUCUGACUCUGCUGUUUCGGGUCAAGCUGCUGGUUUGGCUAUGGGUUUAGUUAUGUUGGGCUCAGGAAGUUCUGAAGCCACGAACGACAUGUUCACAUAUGCUCAGGAGACGCAACACGAGCACAUUAUCCGUGGGUUGGCUUUGGGUAUUGCGCUCGUCAACUAUGGUCAAGAAGAUAAGGCAUUGCCAAUCAUCGAAAAAUUCUUUGCUAACGAGCAUGCGAUUUUAAGAUAUGGCGGAGCGUUUACUAUUGCAUUGGCGUAUGCUGGUACUGGUAACAACAACGCAAUCAAGAAAUUGUUGCACUACGCUGUUUCUGAUCCUUCGGAUGACGUUAGAAGAGCCUCUGUUAUUGGUUUAGGGUUCUUGUUAAUCCGUGACUACACAGCUGCUCCUCAAAUCGUGGAACUCUUGGCACAAUCUCAUAACGCUCAUGUUCGUUAUGGUACUGCUAUGGCUUUGGGUAUUUCAUGCGCAGGUCGUGCUUUGCCUGCAGCCCUCGAAGUUUUGAAGCCAUUGACCAAAGACCCUGUUGAUUUUGUCAGACAAGGUGCUUUACAAGCAUCCGCUAUGAUUUUGAUCGAGCAGAAUGACGUCGUAUUCCCGAAAGUAAAAGAGUUCACAAAGUUAUAUGCUGAGACCAUCAAGAAUAAGCAUGAAGAUGCAUUAGCUAAGUUUGGUGCUACAUUGGCUCAAGGUAUCAUCGAUGCUGGUGGCCGUAAUGUAACUAUCAGUUUGGAGAACAACAACACAAACACGUUGAACGUCAAGGCUAUUGUUGGUCUCGCGGUGUUUGUUCAAUCUUGGUUCUGGUACCCAUUUGCCCACUUUUUGUCUCUUUCAUUUGCACCAACGGCAAUUAUUGGUGUUAAGGAAGACUUGAAAGUGCCGCAAUUCGAGUUGAAUGUGCACAGCAAACCUGAGUAUUUCCAAUACCCUCCAGAGGUGGAAGAAACCAAGGAAAAACAACCAGAUAAGUUGACGAAGGCUGUCCUUUCUACUACCGCCAAGGCUAAGGCUAGAGCAAAGAAGAACUUGGCACAAAAGGAAGAAAAGGGAGGCGAUGCGAUGGAUGUUGAUGAGGAGCCCAAGGAAAACAAGAAGAACGAAGCAAUGAAGAAAGACCUGCUGAAAGAGAGUGUCCAAGAAUCUAAGAAUGCACCCAAGAGUGAAUCAAAGAGUGAGUCCUCUGAAAGUGAAGAGAACGAUUCUUACGAACCUGUUGCAAUUCGCUACAUGAAGACACCAUUUAAAAUCAACAACUUAUCACGAGUUGUGCCUGCGGAAGCAAACUACGUAUCGUUUAUUAAGAACGACAGAUUUUCACCAGUUCGUAAAGUACGCGGGGCUGGUGGAAUCAUUGUCCUUGAGGAUACGAAACCAGGUGAAAGUGUGGAAAUUAUCAAGACUGUUCGGCAGUUAAAUAUCACUGAAGCGCCUAUGCCCGAGCCAUUCACUUUGAGUGGUGAGGACUUACAGGAUGAAGUUGACGAGUAG